UUCCAUGUUUUUGUGGGAGAUCUGAGUCCUGAGAUCACCACUGAUGAUAUCAGAGCUGCAUUUGCUCCCUUUGGGAAAAUCUCGUAAGUACUAAGAAGUUUUUGGGUUUUUUUUGCUGUGCCACUGAGGUUUAUACGAAAUCAUUCGUAUAAUUUUUACUUAAUGAUUUCUUAGAAAAGUUUAUCUAUUAUCAGCAUACUUUCCCCCCCCCCAAAAAAAAAACCUAUACUUGGUAAAGAAAGACAGAGUUGAGAGAGAAGCAGUUGAUUGCUUUUGUUAUGUGUUGUAGGAGUGACACAAAAUUUAGGGUUGAUUCCACAAAUUUAAAUGAAGCUAAAUUCAUAUGACUGUAGAACCAUAUCUGCAGACCUUUUAGUAUUACACAAACACUAAUAAAUCUACAUGUUCUUCAGCUCCCAAAACAUUACAAAGGUUAGGUUUUUGGGACUUUUUAGGAAGUACUGUGUCUAGAGCCAUGUUUUAAAGGUGUUUCUUAAAAAGAUUAUCUGCACCACCACACAGUCCAGAUUAAAAUGAAGAAAUGGUAAGUAAAUCUGACUGUUCACUUUUAAAGCAGUUCAAUAUUUGGUGUACAAUUGUUACUAUAAAGCUGAACAUUUUUCAGAUUCUUUUUAGCUGUGAGUGUUAGUUAAUAGCACUCUGGUUAUUUUACAGAAAUGCUCAUAGGAUUGGACAGGAGCUUGAAGGCUAACAGCAAGGAACUGUGCACACUGGGAACUCAGAUGUAGAUUUUUUUCUAUUUACUCUUUACCUUUUUAUAUUUAUAUACUGCAAUAGCUUUGUAUUAACACUGAAGUAGUGUAGUUUUUUUUUUUUUUUUAAACAAUCCUCCAAUAUUUCUUGAACUUGUAAAAGUGUUGUAUUUUGUCGUUUGCCUAGUUGUUUUGAUAGUUUGAUUCUCUUAAAAUUCUGAAAAUGUUAAUUUUUCGAAAUUUGCAGCUUCCCAAACUGGUGGUAAAGAAUUGACCAGGAAAAAUAAAGAAAUCUGUUAACAGGCCAUGGAUGCUCGUGUGGUGAAGGAUAUGACAACAGGGAAAUCAAAGGGGUAUGGAUUUGUGUCCUUCUAUAACAAACUGGAUGCGGAGAAUGCCAUAGUACAUAUGGGUGGCCAGUGGUUAGGAGGACGGCAGAUUCGGACCAACUGGGCCACUCGGAAGCCUCCAGCCCCUAAGAAUACUCAAGACGCCAGCCCAAAGCAACUGAGAUAUGAAGAUGUUGUGAACCAGUCAAGUCCUCAGAACUGCACUGUAUACUGUGGUGGCAUCCAAUCAGGGCUCUCAGAUCACCUUAUGCGACAGACGUUUUCACCUUUUGGGCAAAUAAUGGAAAUCAGAGUUUUCCCAGAAAAAGGCUAUUCUUUUAUCAGAUUCUCAACUCAUGAAAGUGCUGCCCAUGCCAUUGUGUCAGUGAAUGGAACAACUAUUGAAGGCCAUAUUGUUAAGUGCUACUGGGGCAAAGAGUCACCUGAUAUGGCAAAAACUGUCCAGCCUGUAACAGAACAACAGGUGGAUUAUGGACAGUGGGGCCACUGGAAUCAGAUGUAUGGAAAUCCUCAGCAGUAUGGGCAGUAUAUGACGAAUGGGUGGCAAGUACCUUCCUAUGGAAUGUAUGGACAGACAUGGAAUCAGCAGGGGUUUGGAGUGGAACAAUCACAGUCUCCUGCCUGGGUGGGAGGUUUUGGGACUCAGCCCUCUCAGGCACAGCCUGGCCCUGUGAUGAACCAGGCUAACUUUGGCAUGGCUGGCUACCAGACACAGUGAUUUGUUCAUCACUGUCCAACAUCUGAGUCACUUUGUGGGAGUGCUGUUCCUCGUGUGAGGAGGGAAUAAAGAGACUAAUAGAAGUCAUUGACUUUUCCCGGAAAACAUUCAGAACUGACCUGAAUCAGGGUUUAAGUGCAAAGAAGCAAAUUUUGACUAUAGAAUGCCUUCAGCAGGAAACUGAAUUUAUUUGCGAAAUUUAUUUUCAUUGUUUUAAUGGAGUCGGACAUAAUAAACUGUACAUUUCCCCUCCAUCUGUAUUCAACAAUAUAUUUGCUUAUUGCCAAUUACAGGAAGUACACAGGUACAUUGCAAAACGCUGUACAUGUUCUAAACACGAUGCAUUUUAAACUUUCAUUUCUCCCCUUUCAAAUAGCUGAUGUGUUUGCUUGUUAGUCACACAAUGGACUUCAAAUUUUGUACCUAAAGAAGCAAACCAAGCAUUCUGACAGUAAACACAUGUAAGUAAAGGCACUUUUUGGGGUUCAUUGGACCUGUGUCUUGUAAAUGUUGAAGUGUAAAUGAAUUUCUAUGUGCAGUUGUGUAUAUUUAAUUCACAUUUAGCUCCUCAUUUCUCUCAGAAUUCUAGAGUUUGAUACAGCGUGUAUGAUGUUAUCUUUUUACUAUGUUUUACCAACAGUGAAAUCUCGUUCACUUUAAAGAAAGGGUCACUCUGAUUAUGUAAAUAACCUUUGAUAACUGGGUAUGGAAAAGGGUUUUCAGCACAUCCCUUCUUUAUUUCUACAUAGAGAAGAAACUGCACUGCUCUUGAUAGAUACAUGUCCGUGUGGCCGACAUGGUGAAUUCACUCAGUGUUACAAAGAAGCCUUAAUUUUCAGUCACACAGUUUUACUGAUUUGAGACCCUUGUAGAGAGCUGUACUGUUGAUUUUAGUCCAUACAGUAGAUUUUCUCCAUUUGCAGGUUUGACAAAUAUGCGUGCCAUUUUCUCUAGUAGCCAGACAAAUGAGAUUUGGGGAUUUUCUUUGGGGGGGGACUUCGUAGAUUUGAAAUGCAUGUUUCAAAUCACAUUUGUUGAGGUUGCUUCAGGAGCCGAAUGUAAUAGGUAAAAUGUUUGAAUGCAGUCUAGCAUUUGAUAAUUAAGUCUAAAUGAGUCUCAAUAAAUGAACCAUUGGACUAGGAA